AUGAGCCGACCAUCAGCAAAGCUUUGUUCAGAAUGUUUCCCAGGUGCGCUCCGGACGCCGCGGAGAGUGCGCCCUGCAAGGUUGCGGGGUGCGGCUCGUGAGAGAUCGUAUGCCACCGAGCGCAGAACACUUGCUACGCCGAACCCGAGUCGCACUUUGCCUGGCUGUCUACCCUCUGCUAGAGCCCGGCGUUUCCAGCUGGCUGGUCCCUCUCAGAAUGCGCGCGGGUUUGCGACUGUCACAGAUGGAACUGCGGGAGGCGAAAAGACUUCGGUUGCGCCAAAGGAUGGACCGCUGGCGGAAUAUAAUGUGCGAGUGGAGGAGGGUCGGUUGCGGGAUGAUGAGUACCAGAGAGGCAUCAUUCAGGGUCUCCAAGAUUUGUUCGAAGCGUUAACAGAGUACCACCCGCCCAAGGUUGUCCAUCCCGACCCCCAGUCCUUGGAUCCUCAACAAAAGUCUUCGUUCUUCGGAUCGCUAUUCGGUGGUUCCAAAAAGGCCACGAAAUCCAUUAUCCCUGAAAACCUCCCCAAGGGACUGUACAUGUAUGGCGAUGUUGGAUGCGGCAAGACUAUGUUGAUGGAUCUAUUCUUCGACACGCUGCCUCCCAAUAUCAAGGACAAGACUCGUAUUCAUUUCCAUAACUUUAUGCAAGAUGUACAUAAGCGCAUGCAUGUGGUGAAGAUGCAGUAUGGAAAUGAUUUCGAUGCAUUGCCCAUGGUUGCAGCGGAUAUUGCAGAGAUGGCAAGCGUGCUUUGCUUCGAUGAGUUCCAGUGUACAGAUGUGGCUGAUGCCAUGAUUCUGAGAAGACUGUUAGAGAUUCUCAUGUCCCACGGAAUUGUUCUUGUCACCACAUCAAACCGACACCCCGAUGAUUUGUACAAAAACGGCAUUCAGCGGGAGUCCUUUAUUCCAUGUAUCAACCUCCUCAAGAACGAUUUGAGUGUUAUCAACCUCAAUUCUCCAACAGACUACCGAAAGAUCCCCCGUCCUCCAGCUGCUGUCUACUAUCACCCCCUCGGCGAGGAUGCUGGGCGCCACGCCCAGAAAUGGUUCGAGUUCUUGGGCGACCCCAUCAACGACCCCCCUCAUGCCGACUCUCAAGUUGUCUGGGGACGUGAGAUCAAGGUGCCCCAGGCUAGUGGCAAGGCUGCGUUCUUUACAUUCCAGCAACUCAUCGGCACAGCCACUGGUGCAGCUGAUUAUCUCGAGUUGGUCCGCCAUUACGAUGCAUUCAUUGUCACGGAAGUGCCAUCCAUGGACCACAAAUCACGAGACUUGGCUAGACGCUUUAUUACCUUUAUCGAUGCUGUUUAUGAAAGCAGGGCCAAACUGGUUCUCACCUCGGAAGCACCUCUUGCAAACCUUUUCAUAUCGGCAUCUGAGGUCAAUGAUACCGUGAAGAAGGACGGUGACCAUUCCGAUCUCUCGGACGCCAUGCGUAGCCUAAUGGACGACCUGGGCAUGUCAAUGGAUACACUGAAGAAGACAUCCAUCUUUAGUGGAGACGAGGAACGGUUCGCAUUUGCACGUGCGCUCUCGCGUCUGUCAGAAAUGGGGAGUAAGGAGUGGGUGGAGCGUGGAAUGGGAGUUGGUAUGAGCCCGGAGCAGAGCAAAGAGGAGCGCGAGGCAUGGUUGAAGACCCGCAGUCACUGGAGUGAAGAUAACAUGUAG